CUCUGUUUGCGCAGGGGAAGCGUUAUUAUUCCUCGGUUGACAGACCUGACUCACAGCAACUUACUGAUUGACUAUCGACCAGCACACUCUCUUACAAUCCUUCUUUGGCAUUCUAUAUCUUACUCGAGAAUUACGCCUUCUAUUGAAUCGAUACGCUCACCACCUACCAGUAGCAGUUUCAAUGGCGACAAACAAGAUCGUGGUUCUGGGAGCCGGGGUAUCUGGUCUUACCACUGCGUAUAUCCUUUCGAAGGACCCCUCGAAUAGUAUCACCGUCCUCGCGAAGCAUAUGCCCGGAGACUAUGACAUAGAAUAUGCCUCUCCAUGGGCUGGUGCCAAUUAUCUCCCUGUGGGGAAGCGUGGAAGUGACCAUGAGAAAUGGGAGCGCAACACCUGGCCAGCAUUGAAGGAGCUGACCGAGAAGCACCCUGAGGCAGGACUUCAUUUCCAAGAAACAAUCGUCUACAACCGUACCAAAGACCAAGGCUCCGCAACCGGGGACUGGUUCUCCGAACUGGUGCAAAAGAACCCCUGGUAUAAGGAUGUUGUACCGGACUUCCAAGAAAUCCCGGCCGACCAACUAGCCCCGGGCAUCGACAACGCCUCCAAAUUCACCUCCGUCUGCAUCAACACGGCAAUCUACCUGCCCUGGCUGGUGGGUCAAUGCCGGCGCAACGGCGUCGUCUUCAAGCGCGCCGUGCUCAAGCACAUCACCGACGCCGCCAACACGCCACACCUGCACCACACGGGCCACAAGCCCGACGUGGUCGUGAACUGCACGGGCCUGGCGUCCCGCACGCUGGGCGGCGUCCAGGACGCCAAGCUCUACCCGGCGCGCGGGCAGAUCGUCGUGGUGCGCAACGACCCGGGCCAGAUGGUCUCGAUCUCCGGCUCUGACGACGGCGACGACGAGGUCGUCUACAUGAUGACGCGCGCCGCGGGCGGCGGCACCGUCAUCGGCGGCUCCUACCAGAAGCACCAGUGGGAUCCCCUGCCGGACCCCAAUCUCGCCGUGCGCAUCAUGAAGCGCGCCGUCGCGCUGUGCCCCGCGCUGGUGCGCGACGGCCAGGGCAUCGAGGGCCUGGACGUCAUCCGCCACGGGGUCGGCCUGCGGCCCCUCCGCGAGGGCGGGCCCCGCGUCGAGGCCGAGCGCAUCGACGGCGUGGCCGUCGUGCACAACUACGGUCAUGGCGGGUUCGGGUACCAGGCCUCGUUCGGGUGUGCGGAGGAUGCGGUCGGUUUGGUGCAGAGGGUGUUGUCCAGCCGCGCCAAGCUUUAG